AACGCUUAAGUGGCUUCUGUAAUGUUGCUUAUGUCCAUGUGCGACGAUGACCGCUUCCCAUCAGGCGGCUCGUCUGCUCGUUUGCUGACUAUCACAUAAAAAAAACUAGAUUAGAGCACUAGAAAAGCCGCAAAUGAAAAAAAAAAAAAAUUAUGCGCAAAUUGGUUUAGGAACCAGAUUCAUAUUUAAAACUUGUUACGGAUUUUGAUCUUUAUUUUGAUACGACCUUGACGACUGUCACUCUGAUGGGUGCAUGCGACAUGAAGUGAAAUUCGUGCGUGACCAUGAAGACCGUUAAGGUUGUGUCAAAACCAGACUACUCAUAACAAAUUGUUGAUUUAGAAUCUACCUCCUAUUGCUCUUGAGGACUAUAUUUUACACUAUGAUAUCAUUAUAAGUAGAUCUUGUCGAGGUGAAUGACAUAGUAUAAAUUGAGUAUAAAUUGCAAGAAACAUAAAAAUCUCUGAUGGUUGACUUGUAAGUCCGCAAUUUGUACAUCUUUUUGUAUCUUGUGCAAUAAAGUUUAAGUAAAUAAAUAAAAAAACUUUUUCCAUACAGUUCCUUCAUUCAGAGCAGAUUAUCGAUAUUUUUACAAGCUUUAAUUUAACUUGCCCGGUUAGUAAGUAAAGCCUGACCAGUAAUAUAUGAUCACGCGCCAUAUUGCGGAAUCUCAUUGGAACUAAAAAUUUCGUACUAAACUGAACUGUCACUCUAUACAUGAAAAUAACAGCGCCCUCUUGACAAUGAUCAUAUAUUUCUGGUCGGGCUUUAACUUUGUAUGUUAUUUUGUUAGUGCCAAAUCUUGGAAGCUACAUUUAACCCACUUCCCGAUUUCUGAUUGAGCUGAAAAUUUGCGUACAUAGGUUGUGUGACAAUGCAAUAUUAUGAUACCAUCGAGCUGAUCUGAAUAUGGAUACAGGGCAUAGACAUGGGAACUCUGUGCUGAAACAACGCAGAUUGCAUUUGGGGUUUUUAGAAUUGUGAGAGAUAUAGUUGCCCAUGGUAAGAAAAGUACAGUCAGCGACAAAAGCUUGUACCAAAAAUGAAGUUUUUGCUAAAACGUAUUAAUCCUCUAAUUGAGGUAAGGAAGCCUAAAAAUAGCUCUUUAAUCGUUCGGUAACGCGAACUAAACCCACGAUAAUAAAUAGUGCACUAAAUAAAUUGUACCUUUAGGGUUCAGGGGAGUGGACGUAGGUAAUUAAAUAGGUUCCGCAGACGUCCGUGGAGAUUUACCGGCUGCAGCUGCGGGUUCUUAUAGUACCUACAACUGAGGGUCCCUCAGAAUGUUUCCGAAAUUAGGCCCUCAGAAAGUUUCCAAAAUUGUAAAAUUUCCAUUUGAAAAAAUUUCGCAAACUUCUCAGAUUUUUGUACUUGUAGGCAUCGAUUAUUUUCUAUUUCCAAGAUGAACGUUUCCAUUGUUUCUUGUGAAACUUCCACGAACUUUGUAGUACCUUCAGUUAGCAGUAGGCGUAGGUAAGCCUGCGAGCUGUAUACAAUUCAUAUUUAUAUGAUUUAUUGUAUAUUGACGACCGGUCUGCCUAGCCGAUAUACAUAUUGUUUACUAUCUUUAAUUUUGUUAAGUCAGGAGUCUGCAAACUCUUUGACCCGAAAUUAUCUGAAUAACAUAUAGAUAACGCAAUAGGCGUAGGCAGUUUUUUUUUUAAUAUUCCCAGUGCCUGAAGCUAUUUUUAUUUAUUUAUAUUUAAUGUCUGAGUGUUUGUGUGUGUGUUCAUUUUUUAAGAUAAUAAAGACAAAGGUAUUACGAAUCAGGCAGACAGUAUGGCGAUAUAUAUCUUUCACACUAGUUGAUACUAGGCAGAUGCACAUGUUUUACGAUACGUGUUGUUAUUUUAUUUCAUUUAUGUAAAAAAAAACACUAGGGAAUUUUGAAAAUCUACUACUUAUAUAUUAUAACCCCUGGAGGGGGGAGGAAGGGAAUAUAACACACACCAAAUCUCACGUGGAAUAUAGUAACGUUUUAAGCUUUGUCAAACUAGCGACCUCUAUUGGAGCAUUCUGACCCUACAUACUUCAGCAACAACGUUACAACGUAUCAAACCAGGUAGUUCUGGAAAAUGCCAACAGAUGUCGCUAAAGAUGGGUUGGGGAAGCCAAGUAACGUGUUCCCAUUGCGCGUAUAGAUGACGCUAUAACACCGACCUACGUCACAUAAUACUGUAGUAUCUCUGCUAAACCUCUCGCAGAAUUGUGGAAAUCGGGAAAAGCCACCCCGGAUACGGUUCAGUCGGUUCGAGACACUCGGAGCGAGAACUACCCUCCAAUUUAAACCGAAAAAAAUCCAUAUAAAAUAUAAUUUGACUUUUCUAAGGACAUAUUUUUUUAUAAAAUAUUAUACGAGGGAAAAAUGAUUUUUAAGUUUGCUUGAGUUUUUAAGGUGGAUUUGUCAGUUGUGUUGUGAGAGAAACUUUGAAACUAUUUAAAAUUAAUCAGAGAGAAUUUCCGAAGUCGUUCGCGGGAUAGAAUGAUUGGUAUCUGGCACAACCACGAGAACACAGUGGCGCUGAUGGGGGGCGGCGCCGGCCGCGGCCGAUAGUACGACGGCGGCCGCCCGCGCAGCGUCUCCCACCGGCCGUCAGCCAUGGUGCGCGACAAGAAGUCGCCGGGCAAGACCGACUCGCAGAAAUCAAGCACCAACCUAGUGGGGAAAUUCACGCAGAGCGUCCGCCGCAUUGUACAGGACGUCAAGGACGAAGGGGCUUCUAGCGGGCAGACGAAGGAAGAGGUGAUAGAGACGAACGAGCGGCUGCGCAUGGUGCGGAUACGGCUGGACGAGAACUAUGACACCGCCAAGAAGGCGCUGGUGACGCUCAUGACGCGCUACAACGAGUCCAAGGCGCAGAGGAACCUGUUUACCAGAUACGCGAUGCUCAAGGUCAUGAUCAAGGACGUCAUCCGUCUGGAGACUCAGUACUGGUCGUUAGUGGAGAUCCCUCGACAGGAGAAGGCGGAGACGGUGCCGGCCUUCGUGCUGCGCGCGUGCGCCAUCAUGGAGAAGACGCAGAAGUCUGGAGAAGGAGUCAAGACCUCGUCCAAGCUGGCCGAGGAGGCCGCUGAUCGGAGGGACAGGAUAGAAAGGCUGAGCGAUAUGACAACAUCCCAAAUAGAAGCCGAGAAUACGCAGAUGACAAACGACUUGUACCGCCUCCUGAAAAAGUACACCGGGUUAAGAAAUCUUAUAAGAGAAUUAAAGUCGGAGUAUGUAAGCACCAAAGUGUACCCGAUGUUCCCGCGGUACACGAUGCUCAAAGACAUGAUAAAGGACAUCAUGCACGACCCCGACUACAUGGAGGUGUGCCACGAGGUCGACCCAUAGCGCGGGGUCCGCAAAUAAAUGAGGCGCUCUUUCACCGACCGCGCGCGGUCGAGUCGUCGCUAGCGGGCGAGGGUCAAGAUCAGGAUGAAAAGGGUCCCGAGAAAUCGACCCCGAGUUAUCGGAGGGGCAUCGGCAACAAGUCGUUACAUUUUCGUGACGGGCGGUGCACUGUGGCGACAUGCUAGCGGCGGGUAGUGCGGCGAGUACUCGUUUAUUUGCGAUUAUUUGUUGUUGGACUUUGUUUAGUGUAAGAUUAGAUUGGAAUUAGUGUACUCGUCCUUCAAGAGCCUGUUUCUUCUCCGUUCCGAAAUUCAAUUUAAAUUAUUUUCCUGUUCUAUCAUUUACUACUCUGAUUAUGUCUGGCUUUUAUCUUCCGAUAUAUUUAUCUGCUUACACAUAUUCCUCUUACUAGUUCCAUUUGUUGAUACUUGACGAUUUUAACAAAGAUUUAAAAUAAUAAUGUUGUUUUACGAAUAGACGAAAUUUAACUGUUCUCAAAUUGUGUACACCUUAAAUACAAUAAUAGUAAUAGUUAUGAAUUGUCUGUUAGUGCGAUAAUUGUAAUUAACUAUACAAUUUUGUCGUAUUAUCAGCAGUGUUUUAGUUUGGUAAAUAUUUUGAAAUCAUGUAGGCAUAAUAGCUACUACACUGUAUGCUAAUGUAACUGCGGAUUUUGAUAUAAAAAAGAUCAUGAGUCAACACAAUUAGAUAGAAAACAUUAAUUGGAGCUUUGUAGAGUAUAAAUUCAUGUCUGUCUAUUUUAUUGCCAUUAAUGAAGUAGCCUUUGCGAGCUUUUCAAAUGUAACUCUACAUAAUCACUACCUACGCAAUAUGCAUAUUUACUCGACAUAUCAUAAUCUAUACAAAUAUUCAAUCAUUCUACAUUCUAAGAAACUUUACUAUUUAUCAAAUCUUCAUAAUCACAAAUUUAACUACUUAUAAUUGUAAGGAAUGUUAGAUUUAUUAUAGUGGUAUGUGCGUGCAAGAACAAAAUGCCAUUGUAUGUGUUCAACAUUGAAAUAGAUAAAAUAUACGAGUAAGUACUCUACCCACUGUAUUACAUAUAUAUUUAUUGCUUGGUUUCUUUUGGUACUUGAUGUCCGUUUGGCGGUUAGUAAAUGUAUUGUCUUUUUAUCAAAUGAUAAUACUACAGUUUAUUUAGUUUUGUAUUUUAUUGUGAAAUUUAACAUUUGGUUCAACAUUCAAUAGACGGCUAUAGUAUGAAAUAAUCAUGUCAUGAAUGAACGUUAGCCUGAAUUUGAAUAGUUUUGGUGCAAAUGUAUUUGCUUGCGGACCUUGCGGUAUCCUCGUUACUUAGGUAUAAAAAUAUUGAUAAUCGAGUAUUUCUACAGAUUAAAUAAAGUUAAUAUAAUGUAUUCAUUGUGACCAUGGAUGGGAAUGCCGUAGAUUGCAUUUUCUGUAGAAGAACUCGAUUGUGUUGUACUUAAUUGUUUAUAAUGCAGUGCGUUCAUGGAUUUGGAGAAUAUUUUGUAUUUAAUAUCAAUAAGAUUAUCGUUAGGAGUGUUAAUGAUUUUAAUAAUAGAAUUUUAAUAAUUUGUAAACUGUGAUUGAAUUUUGAUUAUAGCUUGAACUACGUAAGUUCAUGAAUGCCAGAGACUACUUUUAUGUGUUUAUUUGUUCCUUGUCCUAAAAUCUAAAACUGGUAAGAGAUUAAAUAAAGAAUCUGUCCCACCGCGAUAUUAAACACACAGACAGUAUUACCGACGACUGAAAUAAAUUGAAAAGUUUUAAAUCUUUAAUACCUAUUACUUCUCUUUUCAAUUUUCGUCCAAAUUGCAACUACCUUCAAUGAAAUUAGUCUUUGGCUUUUAUCUCAAUAAUUAAAAGUAAUAAAUUGCCAAAUAAUAAUAUUGUUCGUAAUAUAAUUCAUGUAAGCCAUUAAGCUCAGUUUAACAUAAAUAGUGUAGUUAUUAAAAUAAAUGUUAAACAUGAAAGCGAAUAGUGAGGCCGAAUCUGUAGAUAUAAGAUAAUGCGAAACAAUGUACCUAAUUCAUUACUGAUACUAGGUGGCUCUGGUAAAUUUAUUUUAAUGCAAAUUACUUCGGAAAAUUGCUAUUGCGUACUAAAUAACCAAAUUUCUUCAAUCUUCUUCUCUUUACAAAAUGAAAUUAUCCAAAUCCAACGAUACCCCACAACAUUGGGCUGAAGCGCAAAAAAUACAAAAAUAAACAUAUUGUACUCGUAUUUUUAAUUGUCAUACCAAUUUACGCAUAAAAUUUUAAGUCAUAAAAAUCUUUAGACAAUCAUUCCUGAGCAUAACUGGGUUUUUGUCAUGAAUGAGUUAUAUAUGUCAUAAUUUUUAUAGUCAUUAAUUUAAGUCGCUUAAAAUUUUAGGUUAGGUUCGUUAAGUAUGCACAAAAAAUAUAUGACAACUGCUAUGUAUGUUAUCAAAUAUUAUGGCUAAAAAUAUAUAUAUAUAUAAUAUGACUUUUCAUUUGUAUGCUCAAUGAUGAUUAUGACACAAGUUGUUAUGCGUAUCAAAGAUAUGACUUAUACUUUUAACCCGCAACGCAAUAUGGACCCCUUAAACUUUUAUGCAACCCAAUAUGAACCCUCUGUCGUAUGCAUGAUUUAUGUAUCAAUGCCAAAUUGCAGCUUUCUAGCAUUAACGAGCAAAGCCGCGAACGGAGUCCGUUCAACGGACAGACGUAGACGGACGGACAAUACGGACAUGGCGAAACUAUAAGGGUUCCUAAUAGUGGUCUACGAAACCCUAAAAAUAUGACUUUUCGUAGCAUCCCAAUACAUAUUUUCUUUUCGUUGUAUUCGUUGUUUCGGCGUUUAUCGAUGUACGAUUAUCAUCUUGGCUAAUAGUCUUUAUAGCGAUGUACAGCGAAGUUUAGAUUUAGCAAGAACUUGCAUGCAAUUUUCAUUACAUUGCGGUAUCUGAUCAAACUUUUGAACGCAGUUGACCUUAGUAGUAGGUAAUGUAACGUAAAUUUCAUGCAAGUUCUCGCCAGUCUACGCGUCGCUUACGAUUGGCAUCCUAGGAUAGUGAACCAAAAGUGGUAAUCGUCAAUGUUUAACACUAAUCGAAAAGUAAAUAAUACAAUAAUGACCCAGCUUCUCGUUCUCAUUUAUCAGUCUGAUUUUUUUUUUACAAGCUUUUAUUUAACUUGCCCUGUUAAUAUCUAAAUUUGUUAGUUAGUUAAUGACGUUAGUGUGGGUCAAAUCUUACAAGUGACCCACUUCCAGUUUUCCAAUAAACCAUCGAGCUGAUCUACACAAUUUUUCUCAGUAAAAAAAAAAUAUUUUACCAGAUCCACCUUGCCUGUAGUACCUACUUAAAUAAAAGAUACUUCUAUCCAAAUUCUUUCCCUUACACAUUGAACCGAAUAUCAAAUAACAAUAAUCAAUUUCACUGUCACAUCAGCAUGGCGUAACCGUAACGUAUUGAAAUGGUAUCAUAUUUUACGUUUUUCAAAGCCUUACACAAUUCCUGUCCUGUGGAGGCAGCAUGGUUGCAUUUUUAUCACCUGUCACUUUCGCACUUACAUACUUGUUAGAACGUGACAGGCGAAAUGCGACCGUGCUUAGCUCGCUGUAGGUUAAGCACAGGAACGCUGCGACAGAAUCUUGCCCGCGAGAUAGACUACCAUACCCGUCUUUUUCUAACUUUUCGCGGGUGAGAUUAUGCCGCGGUGUUCCUGCGCUAAGCCUAUUGUUGUCGAAAAAUAUAAUAAAUAAUAACAUUUUAACUUUCCUACACUUUCCCACGAUCGCGCGAUUACCAUGGUCAGUCACAAUUAGUGACAGAUACCUAGUAUUACUGAAUACUCAUAUUUACAGCUUGUCUUAGUAAGUGCUUGUUAUGUAGGAAUAAGUAAAGUUUUAUUUGUUAAUAAUGUUUAUGUUAAAGCAUAGUUGGGCAAUUAGUUGACUACUCCUUUGACCGUCAUCGCUUCAUCGUUCGAUUAUUGUGACAAUGUAAAAUAAACUGUACUGAAGGCUUACCGUGAAAACCAAAAAUAGAAAUUUCGUUAUGUCCCUCUUUGUUCGAAUAUGUAAGGGCGAUAGAGAGGCAGACAACGCAAUCACGGUUUUUGAUUUCCGUGGCAGGCCCUCUGUUACCUACCGACACCGAAAUGCAGUUAGAUCCAUUCGCCAAAGCUGGCGUGAACAGAUCGAAUAAGUCAACAAAAGUGAUGAUUCUACUUUGACAAGCUUAAAAUAUAUAUAAUAUAGAUUCGAGUCCUAUUUUACAAGAAUUUAAAACAACUUCACACUUAAUAUAAGAGAUAUAAAUUGUUUAGUGCAAUUAAUUGUCAUCAACUUUCGUGGUAAACGUCUUGAGCAUAAUAAUUAAUAAAAUCUAUCUGAUUAAUCUCAGGGCGUCGUGCGUUUGCGUCAUAGAGUCGUACAUUGAAAUUCAUGUGCCCGAGUGCACAAACUGUUAUCUUCCAUUCCUGAACAUCUUGAAUCUUAAGUAAGUUUUCCUUUUAUGUAUAAUCAAAUUAGAAUGUUCCUAUGUUGUUCAGGAUGAUGGUCAAAGGUAUGUUCAAAAUAUUGUAUGAUAGGUAUUACUUAGGUAGUUUCAUUACAUACUUAGCUAGCUAUAUUUAGAGAAUGUUAAAAUUACGUUUUACUGUGUAGAAGGUACCAGAUGGAUCUAUUCUUAAAAAAAUUAGAAUACGGCGUUGAUUUGAAAUUAUGACUAAGUCUUAAAUAUUUUCUGAUUGUCGAUCUCUCUAGGUUUAAAAAUAUGUAAUACAUUAAAAUAUAUUUACUAUAGAGGCCAGUAAACGAAGGGUUGCAGGACAAGAAGAUAUAGACAUAGAUAGGGAGGGAUACGCGGCCGGAAACCCCGUUUCUCGCCAAGAUUUGUAUAGUGGCUUUCUCAAACUUGCUAUAAAAUUAUAAUCAAUUUGUUUUAUUCUUAGAUUGACACUGUUAAAAACAAAUUACGAAUCUACUACUAUUUGAUGGUUGAAUGCCUUGGCGUCUUGACGUUGUGUCACAAAUUCACAAUUUGACGUUUAAAAACAAAUAAAGUUGCCCUACAGGCCGAGGUGUGUAAGGUUGAAUGAAAUUCCUUUACAUAUCAUCUUCACUCAUCGUACCGGAUACGUAGUAUUUCCGGACCUAAUUUGAAGUACCUAAGUCAUGUCAACAUUUAAUUGCAAGUUUGAGGAAAUAUUCUUCCUGGUCUACAGCGAUGGUCGUACGAAUGCCAGCUCAUAUUAAACAUCACUAUUAUCUUACUAUUCCUCAAUAUGGCAUAUUCAAUUAACCUCUAUGUAGAAGUAAAAGUAACACAGAUGUGUUACAUUAAAGAAGUUGACAUCACAUUUGAAUUUAAUUCCAUAUUAAGUAUGAUAUCUUCAGCUGAACAUAAUUAUGAUGAUGAUUUAAACUUUAUAUUGUGUGUUUUUGCAGCUGCCAAAUAAAUGAUUUAUCUAUCUAUCUAUUAACACAUAAAUUGUACUAGUAUAUAAAUGUUUUAAGAAUAGAUACCACUUAGAAAAUAAUAUGGGAUACUGCCAUUGAAUUAGAACGGAUAAGAUCUAGUGUUAGAGUCAUUGCUUGUUUUUACCUGAUAAGUAGGUAUUAAAAUAUGAACAAUACACAUAUCUUAUGGCCUGGGAUUAUGGAUUUGGUCCGCGGCUGAGUUGACGUUGGUAUCUCGUAUCUCACCAUGUUAUUUUAAGACAGCUAAUUAUAUUUAUCUAUGUAAUAUUUCAGCGGGAUUCAGAUUUUAAAAUCUGUUAUUCCUUUAACAGUUUGGACGCUUUACGUCAUUAACAAAAAAGACACUAAACUUAUACGCCAAGGUAACGGUCGCAAACGAGCUAAUGUAAAACCUUACUCGAAAGUGUCAAGUUACUUUGACAGCAUCCGCCAUAACGCCGAACCAUAGAUUUCUUUUUACAAAUUAUAAAUUUUGAAUGCCGUUUCUAGAGACAGUCCAUGUAUUUCUUAUCUACAGCAUAAGUAGAUCUAUGUAGCUAAGUCGGUACCCAUAUAACUGUUUUGUUGUACACAAUAAAUACGCAAUCAUUGCGCAGAUAUUUAUAUUAAAAUGCAUAUUAAUUGUAUUCAUAUUUACAUAUUAUUAAUAUUUAUUCAAAUAAUUUUCCUUAUGUUUUACCAAGUAUAUUGUAAAGAAAACAAUAACGUGUUAACAAUGAAAACAUAAUGUCACAAUGUACAAUUAAUUUCAAUUUAUUUUGUGUCUAUGUCACAUUCCCUAUAUCUAUGUAUGGAAUUAAGACUGCUUCAACAUACAAAUGUAAUCCUUAUUUUCCUAUACACAAUUUCAUGUAUAAGUUGACCAUAGCUAUGCUAGUGUUGGGGGCGAAAAACAAAUUACAUGCAAAUUUUUAAAUGCUCCUAACUCUAAUAAUAAUUAAAAAUUUGAAAAAACAAACGGCCGGGCUGCGGUAUUGUAUAAUAUUAAUAUCCAGAGAGGAAAAUGGGUACAUUUGUGAUCGUCCACUUUCAUCUUAAGAGGAAAGGGGACGGCCGCUUCUCCAUACAAAUAUAGUCCCCAUUUUUCUCUCCGGAUUGACAUAAUGGAAAAUAUUUUUACAUAAUUUACGUUUGACUUUAUUCGAAUUUUUGCCGAUUGUGAAAAUUAGGCGAGAAAAACAGAUAUCAUAAAAAAACAUUUACCCCCUUAUUCAUAAACGUGUACUAAAGUUACGAUGCCGCUAAUAAUCGUUUGUCCCUUUCCAUCAUACCAAUACGUCGGAAAGGGACAAACGAUUAUAAGCGGCAUCGUAACUUUACACGUUUAUGAAUAAGGGGGUUAUUGUUUGAGUUAGGCGUAUGGACAUAGUAUAUACAACAUACUGUGUCGAAAUAUUUUCAAUAAUGUAAAAUCUCAAGAGGAAAAUGAGGUCUAUGUUUGUAUGAAAAGGUGAUGUCAAUCUCGUUUUAAAUUCGCGGCGUAGUGGCCUACAGGCAAAAUGAUAAUCAUUGGAACAUCAUGGACAAAAAGCCUGAAAUUUAGCACAAUAAACUUAAACAAAUCAUUCUCUUAUUUGCUGGUCAGUGAAACUGACUUGUGGUCUAACCAUAACCUAUGAACCAAUGAGUAUCUUAUUAUUUUAUGAGAAAAAUAUAUAUCGUCCUUGUCUAAUGUAGCCGCUUUACGUGUGUUUCCCUGCGGCGGUAUCAUGGUUCCAUUUUUAUCACCUGUCAUUAUGCCCGUCACUUUCGCGCUUACAUACUUGUUCGAAGGUGACAGGUAUGGUGACAAAUGAUAAAGAGCCGACCAUCUUAGCCCUAAUGUUGUUUUAGCAAGUCUGUAGUGUAACGGCCCGAUUCGAACUUUAAGACACGUCAACAAUUUCCUAAAGAUACGAUUUGGAUUGGAUUUCUUCAAAAUAAAACGUGACUUUUGACACUGACAUCUCUAAUGCAUAUCGUAUCUUUAGCAAAUUUUUGACGUAUCUUAAAGUUCGAAUCGGGCUGUUAAUCCAAAAAUAAGUAGGUACUAUAUCGUUAGAAACAAGUGAAUAAUUAGUAAUAAAUUACAAAAAUCUGACGGUCCUCAUUUUUAUGGUAUAGUCGCCAUCAGAUGAAAUAUCGACACGACCAAGGGUCUCACAAAUAUCUGAACACGCAUGUAUUGUCAAGGCUUUGGAGUGUAUGUUCAGAUAUUUUUGAGCACCUCGGUCGCUCCGAUAUAUAUAUCUGAUGGCGACUGCACAAAAUAUAUGGGUUUCAAACCUCGAUUAGAGCGCCAUCUACAAUAUACAACAGUCUUAUUUAAUAUUUACUUGUUUCUGGUAAUAUUAAAUCCUCAGAGGCGGGAGUUAUUAUAUCCUACAAAUACAUAUUAUGUUUUACAUGUGUAGUUAUCGAUAUGGCAUGAUGUCGCGGAUAAUCGUCUAAUUAAAUGCUUUGUUAUAUAAAAUGUAAUACAAUAUUUUUUGUGCUAAA